GCCUGCCAUCGAGCGCGUCAGCAGCGCCGCGGGCAGCGCCUUCUCCUCGCUGGCGUCAAGCCCGAGACCGACGAUGCCGCGCGCAAGCCUGGCAAGGCCCACGAGGUGCUCGCCGUCGUCGAGCGCGAAGCCUCUCUGCAGCAGCAUGGGGUUGCAUGCCAUCAGCAUGCUGAUCUGCUCGCUGGCGUGGCGCGCUCUGCCUUCACUGGCGACGGCUGGCUGGCCGAUGCCGACGCAGGCGUCAAAUGCAUUAUGGCAUCGUCGCAGGCCUGCUGCAGGGCACUCGCCAUGCCAAUGCAGAGCUCUUCGCCUGCGGCAUCGGAUGGCGCUAUGCUGUCAAGGGCGGGACAGUCGGGGCGCGCCAAAACGCGCCGAGCGGCCUCGUCAGGACGCCUUGGCAGCCAUCUCGCAAGCACAGGCAUAGCCUUGCAGUGCCUGCACGCGGCCGUGACGCUGAGACCUCGCGCGAUCAAGCUGGCGAGCGCCAGAGGCACUCAGCCGCCCGCCGCAGAAGACUGCCCCUCAUGCAAGGCGAACGGCUCGGGCAAAUGCCUGCGCGUCGAGCGGAGCGAAGAGGUCGCAUCGUUGCUUCCGCCUCCCUGGUCAUGCACGAGGCAGAGGCUGCGCAAUCGGCUCAUGGCCUGGCACGAUGACGAUCAUCCGCAGCUGCGCAUCGCUGGCACAGCAGGCGACAAUGCUGGCAACGCAACGAAGGAGCAGGACAGCCCAUCGGCGAUUGGCCAGGCAAUCAACCUUCUCGCUGCAGCAAUGGCAAGCAGCGACAAGCAUGGCAGCUACGGCCAGGCCAUCGUCAAUGAUAUGUUCGCACUGAGGAGCGCCGCAAGCAUCUCCCGCAAGCGGCUCCUCAACGCUGUGGCCUAUCGCGACGACAUAGUGCCCAUCGGCAGAGUGCUCCUCGGUCACUCGGAAUUCAUCCAUCGCCAGGGCACCGUGACCAGGAAGCUGGUGAGAUCGGCCAUCGGGGUCGUCAGCGUCUCUGCCUCAGCUUCGGCAGUUCGAGGCAGGAGGCCGCUCCAAGUGCCAUUCGAGGCGAAGCACAGCGCAUCCAUCCUUGACCAGGCUUGCAUGACCGAUGGCUUGAUAGCCGCCAGGCAUCCAGGCAUUCACCACAGCAGCGUGCAAGCAAUCAGCGACGCGAGCUGGUGGGCGUUGUUGAUGGCGCCCUGCGCGCCGCAGUGCAUCGUCGCGGCGCCACUGGCGGCUUCGAGCCUGCGCUCAGUGGUGGCACUGCCGAGCAGGUCACCUGCCCUGCUGGCGACGUUGACCGUGGCCGAGCCACGCAUGCCAAAGCAUCCUGCGAGCGCCACAGUGAAGGCCUUGGGCACCAACAGCCAGCAGGCAUCGCCGCAUCUCGACCUGCGAUCCAGUGCGGCAAUUGCCUCGUCGACGGUGGCGUUGGGGACCUCCUGGGCGCAGUCGCCGCAGCUUGCCAUGGCUCUGGCCCAUGCCUUGAUUGGCGCCAGCGCUGGGCGCUGCAGGCGGAAUGGCGUCAUCACGGUGAAUGCCUGCAAGGGGCGCGCGCCAAUGCGAGUGAGCAGCGACGCAGGAUCAUCCGCGGAUUCGGCAGCGCUGACGCAGCCUUUGAGCUGCUCGAGGCUAGCAAGCCAAGUGGCGACGCUGCGCGGCGCGCCGCCACUUCGCCUGCGCUUCAUGCAAGCAGGCAGAGCCACGAUGCAUCAGGCGAUUGCCUCGAGCCAGGGCGACACGCCUGCAGCAAAGCGCAAGCGCAGAUCCGGCAAGAGCCACGAGCAGUUGAAGCUGGACCCCAGCAGGAGGCCUCGUGCGGCAAGCCUUGGCGAUGCGCCUCCAAGCGGAUGGAUCGACGCCCCUGGCCAGCCACGCGCCAGAGAGCUUGGGCAGGCCACAGUCGACGCGUGCAGCGACUGGGCCUUGAAAGUCGUGUCGAGCCUCGACGGCGGCCUGCUCAAUGCGCAAACGGGCGGCGCGGGCAGCGCUGGCAUGCGCGCUCGCAGCCGCAGGAGCAAGCCAUUCAAACGACUGGGCGAGCCUUCUGUCGCCAAGCCAACCAGCAUCAGGGCGCGCGCGUGGCAGCCGGUGGCAUGGUGCAUCGCGCGUUCGGCAUCGGGCACGAAGGGCGCCAGGCAGUGCAUCGCACAUGCGCGCAGCGUCAUCGACCAGCAGGCGGCAUCCAUCAUCGCAUGCUUCGCCGCCGAGGACCAGCAGGCAGCGCUCGAGCAGCCCGCCAAUUGCCAUGGGAAGCUCACGCAGAGGAGCAGCCAUUCCCCCGGCAAGGUGCAGCCGCUGGCCUUCACUCCACAGGUGUCGUUCUCGCCUUUCAGAGCGGUGGAUCGCAUGCUCUCGGCCCACUGCGGCCCGAUGUCCGGAGCAGUCUUGGCGCCGUGGAUGGCGUUCGCCAUGGCGUUCUCGCGCAUGCCUUGCCCGUUGAUCGCGCCAGAAUUCGCCGGGCAGAGGUUCGCAGCCUCGAGCAAGCAGCAGGGGAUGGCCUUGGCCGAGGAGGCCUGCUCUGGCCUGCGGGUCGAUGGCUUUUGGCGUCCGUCGAUGGCGUGCACUGCCGAUGCGCUGAGCCAGGCUCUGGAUCAGGGCGACGCUGGCAGUCGCGUGGACAGCGUCGCCGCCAACGUGGCGCACAGGCACAAUGCCUUGAUGGGAGCGGCGCUGGAUGCAUGGCCUAGCAGGCAUCGUGCCACGCCAUUCGUCAUGGGCAACUCCAGCACGCCCUGCAGGUGGCCAGCAAGUCGCAAGGUGCCCGUCAUCAAGCCUUGCGAGGAUGGCGAGAUCCAUGCGACCGGCAGGACGGACACGCUGGAGCAGGAGCCAAUCAACAGCUACGCCGUGGACUACGCCUUUCAGUGCGCGUCGCUCGCCGACGGUGACCAUGAUCCAAGCCUGCUGGGGCACUUUGCUUGCAUGCUGUUGUGCGGAAGCACCAGCGAAGCCGCAGACAAGCGGUUCUUCCUGCAUGAUGACGUCGCCGUGCACUCACCGCAUUGCCCUGCUGGCAUGCUCUUGGAGCACAUCAGGCGCAUUGGUGCUCCGCGCGUGCAGUCGCAAGGCAGGUUGUCGGCAUUUGCGCCGCAUGUGGCCCGCGUCAAGGCAUGGUGCGCAAGGGUGGGCAUCGGCGAGCAU